GAGGGAGCCAUGAAAGUCAAGAUCUUGCAGUAAGUUCCUCGUCCCUUAUAUGGCAUGCAGUUGCUUCAUGGACAUGGGAUGCACAAGACGAAACAUGUGGGAUAUGUCGGAUGGCUUUUGAUGGUUGUUGUCCUGAUUGCAAACUUCCUGGAGAUGAUUGCCCUCUAAUUUGGGGAGCUUGCAACCACACGUUUCAUCUUCACUGUAUAUUGAAGUGGGUGAAUUCACAGACGAGCCAAGCUCAUUGCCCAAUGUGCCGAAGAGAAUGGCAGUUCAAAGAGUGAACAAAUAAUGAGGAGGAUUAGUCUUAAGCUCACAUCAUGGUGGAUGCUUUGGAAUGAUCUCUUGAAGCUGUACCUGGAUCAUUAGUCUUUGAUUUUUUAACCCUUGCUCAAAGGCAAGUUAGAUUUGAUAAUCUUUUUGGAGCUUUGUGUGAGCUCCAUCAUUUAUGACUAUGAUGUGUUUGUUAGUGUAGUUAGUUAUUCUGUGUCACAUCGCAUUUGAAUUUGUUAAUAAUAAUUCGCUGGAUUCUUAUUUUUUCA